AUGGCCUCUCUUGAGGUUGCCGGCACUGCGCUGUCGGUAUUGAAUGGCGUAUUCCACGUUGCCCUUGAUAUUUCUCGACUGCAAGAUGUUGAUAAAGACUUGAGGAUUUGUCUUGACUUCCUUGUAGUGGUGGACUGCGACCUCAAUCGUGCCCGGGAGUUACGAACCGACAAGUUUGCCGAGAUGAACAGUGAAGUUGCGUCGAGCGAUCGCUCUUACAUCGACGGUAUUAUUGAAAGGAUGGAGAAAGGAGUACUGGAGAUAGGUCAAAUUAUUGUAGCAUACCAUAUUGCCAGUGAAAUCAAUGAUUCUAUACCUAUUUCGCUGCGUUUCAGGUGGGUUAUGAAGGGGAAAGAGCUCUUCAGGGUACGACAGGUAUACUUCAAUACAGCACACGCAAGCUUGCUGGGGGUAAUUUCAAAGAUGGAAACAAUGACGAGACCAGCUGCUUCACCAUCCUAUGUCGAGGUAAUAGAAUCAGGGGACUCGCAAACUCUUCGAAGUCCCAGCAAACAACGUGCAUUGAGAGGCAAAAGCUCAAUGAUUUUGGGGCAAUCUCAUAUUGAGACAAUACAAUUGGGAGACUCGCAUAUUCUUCGAAGCCCUAGUCAAAAACACGCAUUGCAAGGCAAAACCCUAUCAUUCUUGAAAUCGUAG